AUGAAUCCCAGCAAAAGUACCCAAGAUGUCAUCCGAUGUGAUCUUUGUGGGGAUGCUAUAGUGCAGAUGUAUUGUGAUAUUUGUCAUGUCAACCUCCGCAUUUCUCGCAUUGGAGAACAUAUUUGUGAUAAUUAUGAUGUCUCUAAUGCAAAGAGAGAAGUGAUCGUCAAAGAUACUGACGAAAUCGAAAACAUAAUUUCGCCAACAUAUGAAGAAGUAGCAAGAGACAUAGAAAAUCAGAUAGAUAACUUAGAUAAAGAGACACUUACAACAACUGUGGCCAAACACCGAGAAGACUGUCUCAGAGUAAUCAAUAAUAUUGUCGAUAAAAUGAAGGUAGAAAUCGAAGAACAGAAGAUCAAACAUAUGAACAUUUUGAAAGAACAUUUGGAUGAAAUCAGACAAAUACAACUCCGGAUUGAGAAAACAUCGCUAAAAUUGAAUCUUAUUGAAGAAUCAAAAGAUAUGUCCUUGACCAUGGAAUACAGUUCUAAAAAUAAAGAAUUCAUUUCGUCCAACUUCGUCCAAAAAUUCAGAAGAAAACGGUUUCAAACAAAAAAAAUCAAAAUCAGAGAGUCCCAAAAAGAGUUCCUAGAGGAACCAGAGCUCGUCACUACUAUAAAUACUGGAUACGAAAAUCAUCUCCUAAGUGUUACCUGUUUCGGUGAUGAAGAAAUCUGGACAAGGCUAGAGGAGGUAAUCAGAUUUCAGGACUGGACACCUUCACAAAUCUGUGUCACCUCCUCUGGUGAUCUCCUGGUUACCAUGUACAGUGACGAUCAAACACAAUCGAAAGUUGUCCGUUACCCAGGCUCCAAAGAGAAAUAA